AUGGCCAAAGAUACGAAGAUCUUCGGACAUAGUUCAGCGGCGAAGCAACGCAAGGAUAAAAAACAAAUAAUUUCUAAUGAGUUGUCGAAGACUUUCCAGAUUUCCAUGGCAAAAUACUCCCAACUGCCUGCGGAUGAGGUUGUGCGGAUGAUUAUCCACUGUGAUACAGAGAUUUUGGAUAACAUGGUUGUGAUGGAAUUUCUACAAAAGGAUGAUCUAUGUACGAUUCCUGAAAACGUUUCCAAGCAGAUGGCACCAUAUAGCAAGGACUGGACGGGCCCUGAUGCAGCAAGCUCCGAGCGGGAGCAGGACCCCAAUGAGCUUACUCGUGAGGAUCAGAUUUAUCUCUACACUGCGUUUGAGCUGAAUCACUACUGGAAGGCAAGGAUGCGUGCUCUUGCGUUGACGCGUUCCUUUGAGCCUGACUAUGAACACAUCUCCACGAAACUUCAGCAAGUCGUGCAGGUCUGCGAGUCCUUGAGAGACUCUGUUUCCUUCAUGAACGUCCUUGGUCUGAUUUUGGAUAUCGGUAACUUCAUGAACGACGCAAAUAAACAGGCCCAAGGGUUCAAGUUAAGCUCUCUUGCCCGCCUUGGUAUGGUCAAAGACGACAAGAAUGAGACGACCUUUGCGGACCUUGUCGAACGUAUUGUUCGUAAUCAGUACCCCGAGUGGCAGCCUUUCGUGGAGGAGAUUGGAGGGGUUACUGCUGUUCAGAAACUCAAUGUGGACCAGCUCCGGACGGAUGCUCAGAAAUACAUUGACAAUAUCCGAAACGUCCAGGCCAGUUUGGAUGCGGGUAACCUAAGCGAUCCGAAGAAGUUCCACCCUCAGGACCGAGUGAGCCAAAUCGUCCAGCGGAGCAUGAAGGACGCGCGACGGAAAGCCGAGCAGAUGAAGCUUUACUUGGACGAAAUGGCCAAGACCUACGACGAUAUCAUCACCUUCUAUGGUGAGGACUCCUCCGAUGAAAGCUCCCGACGCGAUUUCUUCUCAAAAUUGGCAUCAUUUUUGCAGGAAUGGAAGAAAUCGAAGGAAAAGAACAUGGCUCUGGAGGAGGCCAGGAAACGUACGGAAGCAUCACUAGCUCGCAAACGCGCUAUGGCGAACGCAAAUGCGGCUUCUACGACUGCUGCUACCUCAGGUGGGGAUCUGCCGAUCUCAAGUGGUGCCAUGGACUCUCUACUGGAGAAAUUACGUGCUGCAGCACCCCAGGCUAGAGAUCAACGUGAUCGCCGUCGUCGUGCCAGGCUCAAGGAAAGACACCAAGUCCGUGUUGCGUCGGGCCAAAAGAUACCAGACAACCUCACUGUCAAAAACCCGGAGGAUGGAGAUAAAGCCAAUUUUGAGGGCAAGGAUGGUGAUGUUCCGAAUCCUGAUUUGUUGGAACCUCAUUCUGAGGAGCCAGAAGCAAAGGCUGCUGGAAAGGAGUCUCAAGUGUCCGAAGGUGAAGACGUUGCGGAUCGCGCCGCUAGUAUGCUGCAGGGACUAAGGAAUAGCACGGAGGUCAACGGUGAACGCUCGAGAAGGAGAAGGGAGAGCGCGGAAGAAGAGCGACGAAAUCGCAGACUGAGAAGGCGGAACGGAGCAGGUAGUGGAGGCAAGGGCAAUGCUUCUCUUCCAAAAGAGCCAGACUCCCCUACCAAGACUGAGGUUACAGAGCCCGACGAUCCUUCUCUACCUAGCACUCGCGCCGAGGAGUGCCUCCCACAACCGCCGAUGACUCCGUCGAUUGUUGUGUCAGAGACUACGGACAGCCCAGGUUCGCCUCCGGAACGCGAGCCUGCCGAUGAAGCUUCUCCAGACAAGCCCGCUGAACCGUCCGAAUAG